AAGGGCACUCUUGACCUAACAUACCUUCAUAAGAUCUUAAAACACCAUCACUGACAUGUUAUUAUUACCAUUCAUGUUGCCCUUUUCAUUGUUUUCAGAAAUGUAUGCCUCUCAGCUUCUGAAUCGCUUUGCUGCCGAGGAAACCGAUCAAUCAUUGUUUCUCCCACCUUUUCACAUGUGUUUGUUUUUCACAGUGUUCUCCCGAACGAUGGCUGCCUCAGGCAAACUUGCAUCUUUCCGUCUGCCUCCCCUGCCUACUAUAGGAGAGCUCAUAAAGCUGUACAACCUGCGAGCAGAGAAACAGCUGUCCCAGAACUUUCUGUUGGACUUGAGGCUCACAGACAAAAUAGUGCGUCAGGCUGGCAGUUUGAGGGAUGCCCAUGUGUGUGAGGUGGGUCCUGGACCUGGUGGUCUCACCCGCUCCAUCCUCAAUGCCGGGGCGGCGGAAGUGCUUGUUGUGGAGAAGGAUACACGUUUCAUCCCAGGGCUGAAGCUGUUGUCAGAGGCAGCACCAGGCAGGUUGAGGAUUGUCCACGGUGACAUACUCACUUACAGAAUGGACCGAGGGUUCACACAAAAUAUCUCCAAGCCAUGGGAGGAAGAUCCGCCAAACCUUCACAUCAUAGGGAAUCUCCCAUUCAACGUCUCCACCCCGCUCAUCAUUAAGUGGCUGGAGAACGUAGCCAACAGAACAGGGCCCUUCGUCUACGGACGCACCCGACUCACACUCACUUUCCAGAAAGAGGUGGCAGAGAGGUUGACAGCCAGCACGAGCAGCAAACAGAGGAGCCGUCUGUCCAUUAUGGCUCAGUAUCUCUGCACGGUCCACAACUGCUUCACCAUCCCUGGACGGGCUUUCGUCCCUAAACCACAGGUGGAUGUGGGAGUGUGUCACUUCACCCCUCUGGUUCAGCCCCAGAUCCAGCAGCCCUUCAAGCUGGUGGAGAAAGUCGUCAGGAACGUUUUCCAGUUCCGCAGGAAGCACUGCCAUAAAGGAGUGGAGAAGUUGUUCCCCGAGGCGUGUCGUGUUGAGCUGACAAAGGAGAUGAUGCAGAAGGCAGAUGUGGACCCCACUCUUCGCCCUACAGAACUCACCAUACCUCAGUUCAGGGCUUUAGCAGAUGCUUAUGCUCAUUUAUGUACCCACGAACCCGGUCUUCUUGGCUUUGAGUACAGAGAGGAGCUCAGACUGAAGAACCUCGCCAGGAAAAGAAACAAAUCAGCGGACAUGUUUAUGGACAAGCCAGCCGGCACACCACCAAAUCCUCCACCACCCUGCUAAAUAAAAUAAAAUAAAAAAAAAAAGGCACGGAAGCCAAACGAAGCCCACUAACAGCUUCUGUUAGCACAGGGAGACAACAGACUGCUCUUAGCCUUGACAUUUCCACCUGGCAUAUGCAUGCAUUUUUAAAAUGUUUUUCCCUGCACCCAGGGAGCAAUAGGUGGUACACAUAAAAUCCCGGGACAGAGACAAGAACCACGAGGCUCGUAAAGAUCCUGUGUGGGUUGGAUCAGCUCCAAGACGUUGUUCCAGGAUGGGACAGCUCAAAGCAGUCAUGUGUAGUUACCCACAGUACCUCUUUAAGAGUGAGUAUCUCUUUAUGUCCCAGUUCUUACUUCAGAUCCAAUUCACAAAACACCUUGUCCUGUGGGACCUGAGAGAACCGUCAGUGUUUUCAGGGUGAUUUAGAAAAUGGGAACAACAUGGCAGCACCAUAUCCAGGCCAUUUUCUCCCUCUUCUAUGUACUGUAUUGCUUAGUCGCUUGGGAGACAGAGCUUAAAGGGAGGAGGAAAGUGGUGGGAAUUUGUCAGCUCCAGAAAGCCUCUUGUUGUAUUCAAAGAAGAGGAAUUCAUACUUAUAUAGGAAAAAGGAAUAAAUUAAACAUAAUCUGCUAUUGAUACAAAUGAAUCAAAUCUAACCUGUAAAAUAUACAUCAUAAAUGUGAGCGGAGGCACCAUUGUUGUGCACAUUUGUUACGUUUCUUCUACAGAACACAGCAUUUAUGACAUGUAUGUUAAAUACGUCCAACCACUGUGUUGUUGUUUAAGGUUUUAUAUCAAUAAAAGUGUCGUUACAAGUUUUAAAUAUUCCUCUUUUGAAAGCUUACACAGAUUAUCACCGACAGAACAUUGCUUGGCUGUUUCCUGCCAGUGUGGCAGAUGGCACGCUAAGGUUGACUUGCCAGACAGAGAAUUCACUCAGUUUUGAUGAUUGGAUGGUGUUAAUCUCCAACUACAAUCAGGAUUUCAUCAGAUCUACAUUGCAGAUAGGUAUGCAGGCCUGACUGUGUGAUCUGCGUGCUAUCAAGAUAGCUCUGUGACCCUGAAGAAACACAGGGUGGUAGUUUUGUCUUAGGAUAAGAUUUUUUGGGGGAAAGAUGAUUGCAUGAGUGGGUAUUGAUUGGACGGUGAGAACUAAGGGUUGGUAGAUGGAUAUCAAAGUGUCGAUACUACAGGUACAUUUUUGUUUUAAAGAUUGAUUCCAGCGUCAGUAGGAUCGAUACUAAAGUUUCUCUCUUCUAGGUUGUGCCUAUUUGUACUUAAAGAGUAAAACUGUCUGUGUAAACGGUCUUACGGUCAACACAUCUGGUACAUGCACUCUUUACUUCAUUGCUGUUGUGUGCACCAAAACAACAUAAGAGUCGCACACAUGCAGCACACCACGGCAUACGCCCUGUCUGACUAGUAACUUGAAGCUGCAGCGGGAAAGAAGGCUGGAGAGAAAGGCCUCAGCAUCCAGAGCCCCGACACAAAGGGUGCUUUCACACCUGUCCUGUUUGGUUCUGUUCAGUCAAACUCAAGUCCGUUUGCCCCCUGGGUGCGUUUUGUUUUUGCAGAUGUGAGAACAGCAAUCAUGCCUGGAUGUGUACCAAAACAACCUGAUCGAGACAGUCUUGAAGAGGUGGUCUCGAUCUGGUUCAGUGCCGUUCCUUUGUGGUGAGAACGUGUUCGGACCUCGAUCCGAACCAGCUGCUUGUUUGGGUUAAACAUGAACAUGUUACAGUCCUGGAGGAUUAUUAAUGUGCACCUCCUCCUGUACUGCCUUAAUAUGCACAUUCAGCACAUCCAAUACAUCAAAGCAUUGUUUUCUAGUUGGAGCUGCGCCUCGUUUUCAAACUGUAUGGUUUGACUAAAAUGAACAAUGACAGCAAUAUAGUCCACGAUGACCAGCGCUAAAAUCAACCUGCGUAGUUGUCCCUCCAUUGUGACAUUAGAAAGUGUCACAUUUAUCUUGCAAGUAUACUCUUCUUCAACAUUUUGUUUGCUUCCUGGAUUUUUCCUGUAUCGAAAUUCUGACCAAUCAAGAGCAGCUUUCUCGCUCAGGUAUUUUAUCUGGUCCCCUUGUAAAUGUUGCUGUGAGAACACGAACCAACUCUAGGCAAUUAUGUACCUUUGGGGAAAAAAAAAAAAAAAAAAAAAAAAAAAAUAGGCCCUGAUUCAGACCAAAGCAAGAGAACUAUAGGUCUGAAAGCACCCUAAGACAGCAUUUGAUGAAUCUUUUCAGAGAGGCUCAGACAAGGAAUAUCCAGGUACCAUUAUACUGUAGCGAAAUGAAUGUUUUAGUCAAAAUGGACCUUCAGCACUGUUUAAUGUUACAUAUUGACUGAUUACUCAACUCAUAAAUAAUGACACACUGCUCUCAACUGAAUUAAAUUACAUA